AAGCUCAGCUCUGCUUUUGCGUUGAAGCUCCUACAAACGUGGACGUACUGAGAGCAGGAGAAGAAGAAGGGUCAGCCAUGGCAUCCAGCUUUGUUCAAAGCUCCCAACGACAUUACGUGACUAGCUCGCCCCUCAAAACCCUUCUCUCUCUCUCUCUCUCUCUCUCUCUCUCUCUCUCUCUCUCCAAUCUCUGCGCACGCAGCACGACGGUUGUGCCGCCGCUGGAGCUAUCUUUCCCUGGCAGUGCAGGAGUUGCAGAGGGAGGAGCGGCAAGAAGAUGAUGAGGACGAAAGGGGGCGUUCUCGAGGAGUUCUCUCCUGGGUAUUACGGGAUUUGUACUGUCGGCGGGAUGCUCAGCGCUGGGAGCACCCAUUUGGCCGUCACCCCUCUCGAUGUCCUCAAAGUGAACAUGCAGGUAAAUCCAAUCAAGUAUAACAGCAUGGCAUCAGGAUUGACCACCCUGUGGAAAGAACAAGGCCCUUCUUCCCUCUGGAGAGGUUGGUCAGGCAAGUUAUUUGGAUAUGGAGUUCAGGGUGGCUGCAAAUUUGGCCUCUACGAAUACUUCAAGAAGCUCUACUCUGACGUGUUGGGAGACUACAAUAGGAGUUUCAUUUACUUUCUCAGCAGUGCUUCUGCUCAGGUAUUUGCUGAUGUGGCUCUGUGUCCAUUCGAAGCUGUCAAGGUUCGAGUUCAAACACAGCCCAAUUUUGCCAAGGGAUUGGUCGAUGGAUUCCCAAUACUUUAUAGAACUGAAGGCCUCACUGGCUUUUACAGAGGAAUUCUCCCACUCUGGGGCCGUAACCUUCCAUUUUCAAUGGUGAUGUUCUCGACAUUUGAGCAUUCAGUGGAUCUCAUAUACAAUCAAGUUCUUCAGAAGAGAAGGGAAGAUUGCUCAAGAGCUCAACAGCUCGGUGUCUCUUGUUUAGCAGGCUACACUGCUGGUGCUGUGGGCACUGUUAUUUCUAACCCAGCUGACAACGUUGUGGCCUCUCUUUACAACCGAAAUAGUGAAAACGUUCUUCAGGCAGUGAAGAACAUCGGUUUUGCCAAUUUGUUCACGCGAAGUCUUCCUGUUCGCAUUGCGAUUGUCGGACCAGUUGUUACUCUGCAGUGGUUCUUCUAUGAUACCAUUAAGUUGCUAAGUGGACUGCCUUCCAGUGGAGGGCUCAACAGGCGCAUGGAAGAAGCAAACUUAUCGACGUAAGCUCCUCAUCCUUUGGAAAAUGGGAACCCAUCAUGGCCCAUCAAUGGAACUCGUGAAGAGACAUGGAUCUCUGCAGAAAAAGUAGCAAGGUGCAGUGCCCGUCCCUUUCUGAUCUGCCGAUACAAAUAAUCCGUUUUCGGGUUCAAGUUGCUUCGGGAGAAUUAGAUGGUGCUUCAACUUAUUCUACAAUUCGUUGUUGGAUUCUUCUCAGGAAAUAGAAUCAAGUAGUUGCAUCAUAAACCGUCGUUCUAACGAGCUCCCACCCGUAUUUCGUACGGACAAAUAAUUUCCCAGCUGUGCGUGUAAAUAUUACAUUGACUGCACAAACUUCCGUGUGAUGCAAUAGGUUUACAAAUUUGGAAAUUC